AUGACAAUACAGCCUUUGCUUCUGCAGGCUGCGUGCAGUUUCAUCAAAUCCCACGUGGACUCCAGCAGUGUUGAUUCCCUCUUCUAUGCUGCACAGUCCAUCCACAUUCUGUCUGGCUGUGAGGUUACCAUUUCAAAUGACACCAGGGAGCUGCUGCUUGCAGCUGUCAGUGAGGAUUCCUCCAUCACCCAGAUCUUCCACGCCGUUGGGGCCCUGAGUAGCUUUGGCCUUCCUUUAGCAUCUCAGGAUGCACUUAGUGCUCUUACUGCUCGUCUUAGCAAAGAAGAAAAUGUGCUGGCAACCAUCCAGGCUUUGGAGACGGCAUCUUACUUGUCCCAGCAGGCAGAUCUAAGUGGCAUUGUUGAGGAGAUAGAGGAUCUUGUUGCUCGCCUGGAUGACUUGGGUGGAGUUUAUCUGCAGUUUGAAGAAGGAAUUGAGACUACUGCACUAUUUGUUGCUGCUGCCUAUAAGCUGUCGGACCAUGUGGGUACAGAGCCAGCAAUGAAGGAGGAUCAAAUCAUCCAGCUGAUGAAUGCAAUUUUUAGCAAGAAGAACUUUGAGACACUCUCAGAGGCCUUCAGCGUUGCCUGUGCCGUGGGUUCCUUAUCCCAGAACCGCUACCACUUGCCUGUCAUUAUUGUCCCCGAUGGGCCUGCAGCUGUGUCUCAUCAGCAGCCCGUGCUCAGGCUACAAGUGACCAAUGUUAUGUCCCAGCCACUGACUCAAGCUUCUGUAAAGCUUGACUAUGCCAAGUCUGCAUCUAGCAAAGCCACUGUCCUUCAACAGACAGCAUUUGUUCUGUCAGGAGAUGUCUUUGAGCUGAACUUCAUGAAUGUGAAACCUGCAAGCGGAUAUUACGAUUUCUCUAUCAGUGUUGAUGGAGACAAGCGAUUUAUUGCUAACAAAGUUGAGCUGAAAGUGAAAGUUUCCACGGAAGUUGGGAUUACUAAUGUAGAUCUUUCUACUGUGGAUAAAGAUCAGAGCAUUGCGCCAAAAACAACCAGGGUAGCUUACCCAGCCAAAGCCAAGGGCUCGUUCACUGCUGACAGCCAUCAGAAUUUUGCUUUAUCCUUCCAGCUGAUAGAUGUGAACAGUGGAGCUGAACUCAUCCCUCACCAGACUUUUGUCCGACUUCACAACCAAAAGACUGGCCAGGAGGUCGUGUUUGUUGCAGAACCAGAUAGCAAGAACGUAUACAAGUUUGAACUGGAUACCUCUGAAAGAAAGACUGAAUUUGACUCUGCCUCUGGUACCUACACUCUUUACUUGAUAAUUGGAGAUGCCACUCUCGACAAUCCAAUCCUGUGGAAUGUGGCUGAUGUUGUGAUUAAAUUCCCAGAAGAGGAUGUGCCAUCCACAGUCCAGUCCAAGAACCUCUUUGUUCCCAAACCUGAAAUCCAGCACCUCUUCAGGGAACCUGAGAAGAGGCCUCCCACUGUGGUAUCUAACACUUUCACAGCACUGGUUCUCUCCCCCCUGCUUCUGCUGCUCAUUCUGUGGAUAAAGAUAGGUGCCAACAUCUCCAACUUCAGCUUUGCUCCCAGCACCAUUGUUUUUCACAUAGGACAUGCUGCAAUGUUGGGACUCAUGUAUGUCUACUGGACUCAACUCAACAUGUUCCAGACUCUGAAGUACUUGGCCAUUUUGGGUGGCAUCACAUUCCUGGCAGGCAACAGGAUGCUGGCUCAGAAAGCAGUAAAACGGUAA